AUGGCCGCCUCAAGUGGUGCUCACAUCGUGGCAGCCUGGCCCGAAGCCGGCCUCUUCACCUUUCCUCCUCCCAGCCAACCGCUUCCACUGGCCCCGGCCCCGGCGCCCGCCUCCAUCAUGCGCCCCUUCAACAUCCCCGACGACGUCUUCACCGCCGCCCUCGACCCCAAGGUCCCCCUGACAAUCGCCGCCCUCUACGCCGUUACCGUCAAGGCCCUCAACGUGUACAACCGCUCGCGCGCCAAGCGGCCCUGGGCCGUCAGCAAAACGCGCCCCUUCUUCGUCUUUGUCGUCUUGCACAACCUCUUCCUCGCCCUCUACUCGGCUUGGACCUUUUGGGGCAUGCUCGGUGGCAUGCGCCGGAGCAUCGUCCAUCCCAUGGCCCACGGCGGCCUGGCUGCCACGGCCGACAGCUUCUGCCGUCUUCACGGCCCCGCCGGCCUUGGAGCCUCCGUCUACUACAACGAGACGUCUGGCCUGUGGAAUAGCGCAGACCCGGCCGCCGUGGCCUCGGCAAUGGAUGCUGGCCGUCCCAGCAGCGCUCAGCCCGGCCGCAUCUGGAACGAGGGUUUGGCCUACUACGGCUGGAUCUUCUACCUCAGCAAGUUCUACGAGGUGCUCGACACCUUCAUCAUCCUCGCAAAGGGCAAAUACAGCUCCACCCUGCAGACGUACCAUCACGCCGGCGCCAUGAUGUGCAUGUGGGCAGGCAUGCGCUACAUGUCGGCCCCCAUCUGGAUGUUUGUCCUUGUCAACUCCUUUAUUCACUCUCUCAUGUAUGCGUACUAUACCUUGACUGCCUUCUCCAUCAAGGUCCCAAUGGCCGCCAAGCGCACCUUGACCACCCUGCAAAUCACCCAAUUCCUAGUGGGCGCGUCGUACGCCAUCGUUCACUCCUUCGUCACCUACGUGGCCCCCGUCACCGUCACCAGACCUGCUGUCGACCAGCUCGACGUGGUGGCCGCCCCCGAGAACCCCGUCGCACCCGUCCCCAGCGGUGCCUUGGACGCGCUCAAGAGGCUCUUCCUCGGUUCCACCAUCGAGAUGCCCGCCGUCGCCGUCGCUUCUGUCCAGGAACCGACGAUGAUCACCGAAACAGUUCACGUCACCCAACCCUGCAUUGUCACGGCUGGCGAGACUUUUGCCAUCUGGCUCAACGUACUCUACCUCGCUCCUCUGACGUACCUCUUCGUCAGCUUCUUCAUCGCCAGCUACGUCAAGCGCAGCAACGCCGUCCACAAGAUGAAGGGCAAGACCCACGCCGGCGAGAGCAACGUGAUGCUGGCCGAGAAGGCCGGGUGGGAUGCGGCCCGUGGUGUCGAGAGAGAGGUCUACGGCGGCGAGAACAUGGUCAACGGCAAGCCAAGGCGACGGGUCUGA